UGAGUACAGCAGCGAUCACAUUGUUUCUUGCGGUUCCUGUAAGUAGAACUCGACCGUACAGUAUGUCACAACGGAUAUCUGUGGUGUGUUAUGGAUUGCAGUGUUGCAGGCCAUAUCUCAAGUCUUCUUAACUAGUAAAAGUAUUAAUUUCUAGCCUCGUUUUACAGAGGCAGUUUUUACAUACUCAAUGCGUCACAACUGUUUCUAUUACAUUUCUUAUUCUUGAGAAUUGUAGUAAGAGAAGUUGUAGCAUACCGAUUCAAAACUUCGUUGAUUUUUGGAAUUAAGUCAGAAAACUUUGCUUAAUCGACUUGUCGACGUUUGAAAAAUUCGAAAACAUAUAGAUUUUGUUUUCAGACUACUGACUAUUUUACAUUGUCUCGACUUGUCUAAACCGUGUAUCCAAAUAACCGUUUCGAUUUUAGCAAGUAACCUGCAGUUUGGUGAAAGAUACAUUUGAUUGUCGACUAAAGUGUAAGAAAAAUCCUACUGAUUCAACAGCCAGUGGUAACUGUUUCUUGAAACUGUACAGUUAGGAAGAGUGACUAAGUCUCCACAUGACCUUUCCUUGAACAGUGAGUCAACUUACACCUGAAAAUCCGGUCCUUCGGAUGUCACAAGGCCAACAAAACAGCUUGGAGACAGAGAGCAGUGAUUGCUCAGUAAAGGUUAGAGCAUAGAUUGACCCAGUGAGAAAAAUCAUCCAACCAUAGACUAGCUAGGUUGAAAGCCAGCGUACAGAACGUAACCCGAGCCAGGUUUUCCUGCAGAAUACGAAGAGCACAAUGGUCAGUAGCGACGCCAGUGCGGUUCUCUCUGUGAUAAAGUGGGGAAAUGAAGGGCAUUACCUCAAGGAAUUCACUCAAAAGUUCAGUCUUCCUCAAGUUGCUAAGAUUAUUAAAGGCCAAUACCAGAAUGUCGGAGUGCCAACCUUAACUUGCCCUUCUUUGAACCAGUUAGUAUAUAUUGCUUCGAGUGGACAGAAAGUGCGAGUGGAAGCUCAGUGUGUAAAGUUUAAAGACAACCAUGGUGUUGUAACACUUGGUCCUAAACUAGCCAUUCCCGAUAGCUACGACGGUUGGUUUGAGAUUCUUUCGGAAGAUGGCCGUGCUGUGCGAUGUCUUGAGAGUGUCGCUGAACUUACUCGUGUAUUUCCAAAAACUUGCCUAGUGAGAGAAAGUGUGAAAGCAUACCUCAGCAGGAGUGAAGAUCCCGAUAUCAUUUCUGAUAAGACACGAACAGUUGCGGAAGGCGCAACUCUAGUUCUGAUUAACGAAUUGCUGAUGCCCUUGCCCAGAGGAAAGGGGUCUGGUCGUUUUCUCUGUUGUUUUACUUCUCGAGGAGAAACCAUUUAUUUAGGACUUGAACAAAAAGGAAAGUUUAGUCCCAUUGCUGGUGGAGAGAAUAUUUCUGGAGUACACAGUAUUAAAAAUUUAUUGUCAAAACGACUUCCACUUAUGGUCAGACUUGUGUAUGGUAAACCACCAUCUGGAUUCAAGUCAAAUUUUAUUCCUGUAAUGAGGUUGUGUUCUUUAUUUGAAGAAGAUUGUGUCUUGGUUUUACCUUUGCUUAAAGAUUUUAACGCUAUUUCGCUCCCUGUCAAUCUUCCGCUGAAGCUUCAAGCUCCACGUAACGUAGAGAGUCUCAUCAAGCUACGUGAAUACUCAAGAUUGAGCGAAAAAUGUAACAAGAUGAUACAGGAAACAUCCAAUACAAUUCAGGUCAUAGAUUCCACCCUAAAAAAAGAAUAUAGGAUUGAAAAGCUGCUGCACCGCCCUUACUUUCAUAAUCAUAAAUUUUCAAAGCAUAUUAGAAGCAUUCCUUUGAUUAAAAGACGUUUCUCAGAUCCCAUGUGUGAGGAGACUACCAAAACACUUGUUCCUUGGACGCGAGAUGUGUCGGUGCCAGGAGAAAACGUAGGUGCUAAGGAGUAUGAAAUAAAAUACCCUGACAAUCACCAACAUUAUGAGGACUAUUACGAUGAAAUUGACCAGAUUUACGACUAUGUUAGGGGAUUUGCCCCCCUUCCAAACAGGCUAAAGGCUGAUUUCAAGACCAAAGAUUAUGCUUCCUUAGAAAUAUCAACCACUCCAAAAUUCUUGAAUUCUACAGUACAUCCUAAUCAUUUUCAACAUUCUUCCCCGCAAACAGAAACCAUUGAUUUUCCAGUGGAAAAAGAAAAGCCCGAACCUCCUCCAAUCGAAACAAUCCCUAUCAGGAAAUUAUCUGUCAGCACUGAGUCACCUCAACACACUGCGCAGAAAAUUACAGUCAGUAUUGUAAACAAGGCUUCUCCAAAAAUGAGGGGCAAUUCAUUGGCUAGCAAAGAUACUUCUCCUGAAGAACAUAUAUAUGAAAAAAUAGGGAAUAGAAACGGUGAAGGAAAGAAUACACCAAUUUACCAUACAAGAGCACCCGUACGCUCAUACAGCGCUGGAAAAAUAUACAUAGCCAGUGGAAAUCACUCAACUUAUAAUAACAAAAUAUUCAUCAAAAGCCCUUCUCAACAGAAAUACUUCCAGAAAAAUAGAUUAUUCAAAAGUACCAAAACAUCACCUUCCAAAGACAAUGUUAUGCCUCUUCAGCGGACUGCUCGUGCUAAAACCUGUCGCACCAGUAAAUCCCUGACUACUUCACCUUUGUUUCACAUUCGUUACAAAUCUUUAACCAACUUAGUUGCGGAUUUCAAUAAUACUCUCGACUCUAGCAAUUCAGGAGGACAGACUUCAUCAGGGUCUGCGGGAUCCAAGGAAAAGGACUUCAAACCUAGAAGUCGAAAGCUUCCAAGACCAAAAUCAAUGACAAACUUGUUUUGGGAUGUUCAUAAUUUGGACAGUUGCAACAAAUACAAUUUAAUCCAUAAUGAAAUGAGCAGUAAGAUCGAAAAUCGAAAAUUUAUUUUUGCACGUGAAUCAAGUAACCCAAAGCUGAUACAUACAACACAACAUAAACGCAUUGGGACGUUGUAUCUUUAGAAGUUGAUAAUUCAUGACCUCUGUAUGAACAGUUCUGCAUAAAAUUUCUUGCCAUUCUUGGACUUUUACUCAUUAUUUUUAGCGAUCUGUUUCGGUGUUUUGGAAGCAGAAGACCAAUAGAGAAGAAUCAAUUUUUGUUACGCUUAUUUCAUGCCUGCUUAUUUACUGCUUUACAUCAAUACCAAUAACUGAUUAUUAAAUCAAACAGACAUGAAGGACUUUUAACCAACAUGAAAUUUAUAAGCAUAUUUCCAAUGCUGUUGUGCCAUGAAUUGUCAAGCUGGCUGACCAUAAGGGACCGCUCAAAGUGAUAUGAAAAUGUAUGCUGGGAAAAAUAUGAUACAAGUUCAAGGACUGUGUUUUGAAAUAUAUUUUUGUGAUAGCAUUGUGAAAUAAUGCAUAUAUACUUUUGUACAUAAGUCGUUAUGUUUUCAGUUCUGUUCAUUGAGGUUUAUUAUUAUUAUUUAAUGCCAUAUCUGUAUACCUUGUUAAUGAAAUACGAUAUCUGUUUUCAACUGAUGUUAUGUAAUUUUGAAGGUGAAUUAUUGUAUUUUGCCAUCUCGUAUUCUAAACACUUGUAUGUGCAUCUUAGAUAGUCCAGAGAAAUACUUAAGUUGCAUGUUCUACGUAAUUGUUGGUAGUGCAAGCUAUUCUAUUAAACACAGUUACUCUUUCUCCUAUCCAGAUGCUAAUUUUUUUAUUGUAAGAGUUUGUGAUUAAACAUAUUACUUCCAAAGUUGGUUAACCUUGUGGGAAAGACGUGGAAGAAAAAUAUAGUUAAAGCAAUUUACAGUGACAUGUAAACAUCAAAAUUCAAUAUAAUGUUAUGAUAUAUCGCAUUAAAAUGUCAUUAUGCUUUGAAGAAACACACGAGAGCGUUUAACAAAAGUAGAACAGUUUUCUGAUACUCCUCUUAUAAAAUUUCUGACUGCCAGAUAAACGUAUAUUCUUAAUUGCAUAUUAAUCAUUCAGGUGUAAAGCAGUAUACUCUAGUUAGUUUUGAAAUACAUUUUACCUUUUUUUCCUCCUCCUAGCAUCAUUACGUCUUUCUCUGGAUAGUCUAAGACAUAUUACUAAGCUUUGUGAGAGCUCAACCAUAAAAUGUGAUUUUCGUGUGAUGUAUGACUAAUAAA